UAUUGGUAAUACUGAAUGGCGUUAGUAUUUUCAGAGGACUCGUGCUUAGUUAUUAAGUUUCGGAGUUUUGUCCGCGAAUAACAGAUUUGUUAAUUAUCAUAUAUUUGUAUUACUGACAGAACUUGAGAGUAAUAAAAAUAUCAAAAUGGACGACAAAUUGCGUCAAAUGGAAGAUGAAAUGAACAGAAUUUGCACGGUAAAUAGCACUAAGUGGCUCAUUUGUUAUAAAGCAAAUAAAUUAUUUCAAGUUAAGAUACAGGUUUGAAGCCGAAAUUGGUAGUCAGUUAGUUACACCAAUGGUAAGGCCUGUAAUUGGUGCAAAUACUUAUAAUCAAGUAGCUAGACAAUUAGAACAACAUGAGCUUCCAACACCAGUUGUUGCUGCAGCUGCAGCCACAUUAGCUUUUCCCCCAAUGAUUGGAUUCCCACCUCCGCCACCACCACCACCACCUCCACCUCCACCACCACCAAUGUUAAUACCACAGCAAGUAGCAAGACAAGGUACGGUUCCUUCUAUUACAACAUAUUCAUCACCUGCACAGAUAAGUAAUCCAUACUUACCAAAUAUGGUGGAUCCAUGUUUAACUGCCACUCCAAAAACAUAUGAAUCUACAUCAGCACCAAUGAUUCAUCCAGAAAUUAUUGAACAGAUUAUCAAUACAAAAAUUCCUGAAGACGACAGCAAAAAAAAGCCCAAGGUAAAAGGUGUUAGUACAGCAGCAGAAUUAGCAAUUAGUCAAGGAAAGGCUAGUUCUAUUAUGGCUAAUGCUAGUGCAGAAGAAACUCAUCCGAAAGGCAAAGGCAAAAAAAAUAAGAAAAUUGUGCGAAUGGCUGGGGGACAAAUUUGGGAAGAUCCUUCUUUGUUAGAAUGGGAUGAAGAUGACUUCAGAAUAUUCUGUGGAGACUUAGGAAAUGAUGUCACAGAUGAAAUGCUGGUAAGAGUUUUCGGCAAAUAUCCGAGUUUUCAAAAGGCAAAAGUAGUUAGAGAUAAAAGGACAAACAAGACGAAAGGAUUUGGAUUUGUCUCAUUUAAGGACCCUCAAGAUUUUAUCAAAGCAAUGAAAGAGAUGAAUGGCGAAUGGAAACGGGAUACGAAAUACGGUUUCGGUGUGUAUUACUACGUGAACGGCGACGUUUACGAAGGUUCCUGGAAGAAGGAUCUUCGACAUGGUAUGGGAUCUUACCUUUAUGCUGACACGAACACGAAAUUUAUGGGCACCUGGAUUAUGAAUCGUAUGCAAGGCCCAGGACAAUUGAUUCAUCCCCGACAUCGAUUCCACGGAUUUUGGGAAUUAAAUUUGCCUUAUGGUCGAGGUUGUUUUACUUUCGAGAAUUCUUGUAUGCAACAUGGUCAUUAUAUACACGUUAAGGAUCCUGAUUAUGUUGAAACCAAGGAAGAAAAUGAAGUUGAGGUUCAACCUCAACCUGCGAAUGAACCUGAAACUCAAGCUGAAGAUAUUGAGGUGGAGGCCGUUACGGUAACAAUAGUUGACAUUAAGACAGAUAUUCCUAGUAAUGAUGUUAUUGAAGAUUGGAAUAAUGAUCUCGUAGAUAGUCUCAUUACCUCAACUAUCAAGAUUAAAAAAAAUUGCCCAGGUUCAAUAGAGGCCGAGAUAAAGAUAUAUCAGGAUAACAAUUUGGUUAAACAGAUGGCUCAAAAAUUGAACAAACCAAUGAAAGACGUCGAGGGUUACAAUAUUUGCGAAUCGAUCGAUAGUCCAGAUAUUGAUGACGAUUGCUCCUUGGGUGAAGGCGACCAAUUUACACAAAAUUGCGACAUCAGAAGUUGGUUCAAUGACAUGUCACCUGGAGACUACCAAGUCGUAUGUGACUUUAUGCAGGGCGAGUUGAUUUCCACCCUCACCAUCGGCGUAAACAUUCAGGAGUAACUACAAACAUAUAGUAUAUAGCAAAUGUUUACUGUACUAAAUAUGUAUACUACUUUUAUUUUUCAUUGAUACUUCAUUUUUAGUAUUAUUAAAGUAACUUGUCACUUUUGAGUAAUAAAGUAUAUUAGCAAAGUACAAACAUUGUGAUGAAUUCAUUGUUUAUAGUUUCAUUUAUAAUUAUUCAUCGCAAGUAUAGCAAGCGGGCGCGGGCGCGUAACCUUUAUGAUAAAAAUCCGAGCAAUUGUAGGAGGCAAUAUC